AUGCCGUACAAUACCCGUCGCAAGUCGUUGUCCCUCCCCUCGCUGGGCAUCCACGUGCCUGUGAGCAACGCAGCAAGGGCAGCUGCGGCCGCCAUCGCAAACAGGCACUCCCCAAGUGCCUCCUCAGCAGCUUCCGACGCUCCCGCACAGGCCUCGUCCAGGAAGAUAAAACGCUCGCACGCAAGCUCCCACGCCGCUGCUACUGAGGGCGACCACUCCGCCGCACCCGCACCCAAGCGCCGCCAGACAGACGCGAACACCCCUCCGCCCUCGCCAAAACACCGGACAAGAGCUGUCUCCGAAGCCAUGCACGAUUCCGAUGAUGAGGCCGUCUGCGAGGCAGGCAUCGACCUGGCGACCAUCGACGAUGACAUCGUCAGGGCUGUCAUCGCCCAGCUACAGGCUACGCGCAACCGCCCUCACAUCGUCAGGGACCUUGCUGCUAUCUUGAUGAAGCAGGUCAAGAUUGUGCAACAGUCUGCCAACCCGUGCGCCAUCAUCUCCUCCCGGCUCUCCGGCUAUCUCAAGCGUUCUGGCUGGAGCGCAAAGAACCCUUGCCCGCUGGCCAAAGAGCUCGAGAACGUCCACCCGCGCAGGACAUACUUCUACCUCACAACAGUUCCCCACCAACCCCUCCCCGACCCCGUGCUGUCUGUAUCCAAGGCGCCGCGCGAGCUCCCAACCCCCAGCGCUUCCUCUGGCUCCGACCCUGACGACGACGAGAGGAGGCGCGAGCUCAGCCCAUCGCCCGAGGUCGAUUUGUCUGCGCCGGAGCUUGAUGACAUGGAUGAUGAUAUUCCCAUGCCCGGGACACCCAUCGGGUCCUAUUCGGGCCGGCACUCAGUGCUGACCCUUGCGGCACAAGUGCAGAGGGGGGCCGAGCCACCACUCGAAAAGGACGAGAAGGAAUUCACACAGACGGCCGACGGCCUCCAGAGGCGCAAGCUUAGCGGCGAGUUUCUCAACGGCCGGGCAGAGCUCGCUGCCGUCCCGACACUGGAUGCGGCGGACGAUCAUGCCAAGUACGAGACCCUCUUUGGCGAGAGGGCUGCCGCCCCAGCUGUUGCUGCGGCGCCGACUUCUCUCGCCCCCGCGACAACCGUUCUCGGCAGUCUCCUCGCUAGCCCAGCAAUCCGGCCCUUCUAUUCCGUUGACAUUAAGAAAGAAGACAAGUCGGACGGGGUCUGGCCCUCGCUCGACGGCUUCCUCGACAUCCGGAAUCCCGAGACAGUCAGUCUUGCUGAGCUCAAUGAGAUGCUGUGCGACUACUAG